CCCACCGAGCCUGCGGUUUGAAUGUCGUAAGAGCGCGCGACCUCUCCGCCUCUUCUCGUCUAGGUCUUAUGCCUCCCUCGCGAGUCACAAGUUGCGGCUUCGUGUCUCCGUUUGCUUUCCCCCCACGGCGCCGCGGGGCGUUCCAUUAGCGAAAUCCUGCGUUAAUUCCUCUCUUGACGUGUGCAACCCUUGCUUCUACCUCUUACAAAUAUUAGGAGGCCUAGGACGGCACCGUUUUUAGCUUCCGCCAUGCAAAACAACCAAAAAGAACACCUUUACAAGAUACUAGUUAUUGGGGACCUAGGUGUUGGUAAAACCAGCAUAAUUAAACGCUACGUUCACCAAAAUUUCUCGUCGAACUACAGAGCAACUAUCGGCGUGGACUUUGCAUUGAAAGUUUUGAACUUGGAUCAAGAAACGGUCAGACUGCAACUCUGGGACAUCGCAGGCCAGGAGCGCUUUGGCAACAUGACGCGGGUCUACUAUCGUGAAGCCACAGGCGCCUUCAUUGUGUUUGACGUAACACGGCCGCCCACCUUUGAGGCGGUGAUGAAGUGGAAGGAGGACCUGGAUACCAAGCUGGGUGCGUCCAGUGGGAAACGUGUGGCGGCUGUGCUCCUCGCCAACAAGUGUGAUCAGGGCAGGGACGUUCUCACCAACAACGGCAUCGAGAUGGAACAAUUCUGCCGGGAGAAUGGCUUCCUCGGCUGGUUUGAGACCUCUGCCAAGGACAAUGUUAACAUAGACGAAGCAGCUAACUGUCUAGUGAAGCACAUUCUAGCUAAUGAGAAUGACCUGAUCCAGUCGGAGGUACCAGACACUGUCUCCCCCAAACUGGAAUCUGGGAAUGGGGCAUCGUGCUCUGCCUGUUUCAAGUCCUAGUGCUCCCCUCUGUGAACCUCCCCUCAACUGCCCGUUUAAACGCUCAUAAUAUAAACACAACAUUCAACUAUUAUGUGUGAGCAUGUAUGUGUUUCAGUGUGUUUCUGGUUUGUUUAUUCUGGGGUAGACCAACCUCAAGGUGACAAUGAACUUAGUUGCUGUAUCCAUGGCAACAGACUUGAAAAACACUUUACAGACCAACAAGAAUAUUUAAGGAAACCUGAACACUUCUCUUUCUCUCGCUCUUUCCCUUUCUUCUGCACUCUUUUCUUUUUCUCUCUUUUGCUCUCCUAUUCCCGUUUUUCUCCUUAAUCCAAAAAAUGUCAAUUUAUUACUGAGCAUGUGCGUAGUUUAAACGAAAACACACACUCACAAACAGCAUAAAUGUACUGUUUACGCCAGCAGAAUGGAUAUGACUGACCACAGGCUUUAUUACACCCUCACAACAGAAGGCAGCCGCCACUGAUUUACAGGCCUCUUAAAGAUCCAGACAGCAGAGGCCAAAAUAAAGUACUAGCAAAAGGUGAAGCUGUCAGAAGUGGCAGGUCUGCCAUAUCGGUGUGCCCUAUGUGGAUAUGGUAUUACAGUUUCCUAUAGGGAGGGUGUCUUGGUGAGAAUGAUGCACAAGCGAUCAUUUAUUUAGAAUACUUAUGGAUAUAUUCGCUGUCUAUCAUGGAUAUUCUGGUUAAAUCUUUGCUCAGUUAUAGAUGAAAAAAUUACCUAGCAUAACAAUCCUGCCAUCGUAAUGGUCAUUUUAAGAACCAGGGCCAUAACAAGUCAUCAUCAGACCCAUAUGCAAAGCUUUUAGACUGGGUCCCUUUAUCACAAAACAUCCACAAUACAAGGCUAGGAAGACCUGACUUAGUCAAAGUUAUAUCAGAGCAAAUAAAACAAUGUGUACGAAUGAGCCUUCACGUACAGGAUGGAGAUUUCAUCAAACAUCAGAAGUGUUGAAAGUGGCUAAAUAUGAAACAAUUCAAUGAAGACUACACUGCCAGUCACCGGUUUGGACAAACCUACUCUGUUUAAUUUUAAUAUUCUUUGUAUUUUAGAAAAACAGUGAAGUUCACCAAAACAGUGAAAUAAUACAUGUUGUGUUAAACAAAUAUGAACUAUUUUAGAUAUAUGAUUCUUCAGAGUAGCCACUCUUUAGUCAAAUAGUUUUGGAUGUUCCCUUGAUGUUCUUAACUGACUUCAUUAUUCAGCCACCUUUGGUACCUUGAAGAAGUUCUCACAUAUGCUGAGCACUUCUGGGGCAAUUAUUAGUGUUUUUUAAUUGUGUGUGUGCUUGUGUUUUGGAAGUCAUAUAUAUUCUGUAAACCUUUAAUUUAUAUCUUAAAAGUCUUACAAACUAAUAUAAGCAUAAACUACUUUGCUUUAUGACUAUGAAAGACAGAUUUAGGCAGGUGUGUCCAAUCCUUUGACUGGUACCCUAGUCUUACAUGCACUUUUCUCUGUUGUGAGAGGUAUAAUGAAUAUAUACAUAUAUAUUGUAUACUUAACCUGUUGAUAGUAAUCUGAAAUUUUAUUUUGUGCCUAGAUAACUUGUUAGCUAGCUAAUGAACUAAACUUUGAAAGUUUGAACUAAUUUAUGUAAUGUUAACUAACCCAAUAAUAACAGUGAAGGCUAGGAAGGAUAUCUUCUAAGGUCAUAUUUCUAUUCAUAUUCAAGCUAAAUUUCCAUAUUUUAAAUAAUUUAAACAGUUUCUUCAACAGCAAGUUAUUCUGAUGUGAUACUUUGGACAUUGUGUCUGGGCACAUUUCGGCAUUAAUAAUAACAGUGUAUAGUUUUGUGGACACAGGUAUAUGCUUCCUCAAGUGUCUGCACAUAUUUCUUUCCCAUAAGAAAUGACAGAAUAUUUUACUAGCAUAUGUAAACAUAUAUUCUGGUAAUAAUUAGCCUAUAAUUAGCAUACAUUAUCCUACAACAGAAUAAGUAGGGGAUAACCAGAAAAACAGGUGCAUUUGCAUUUCAACCAAAAAUACUGCCGCCAAAUUAGUUAGGCUGUUCUCAGAAGAAAAUAGGAAUUUGGAAUUGGAUGGCUCACAAUCAGUGGCUCUUUGAAACUGUCAGUGUAACUGUCAGUGAAUGACUGGGCAUACCAACAUGAUGGUGUAGUAUCUCAAGGAUUAUGACGUCAUUAGCGAGUCAGUUCUUAUGGUGUGAUUAAUCAAAUCAAAUCAAAUAAAAAGUCAUUAGUUCAUUAUUAUAGGUCAGCAGCAGAGUUUCUCACUCUAGGAAAGAUAAUAAUACUGUUUUAAAUGUUUGCUUCUUAUCAUUUUUGAAAUGAAAAACAUGUCAAUCAUCCAAAACACUACUAUUCUUAAUGUUAUUACCCCAAAUGUUUGCUUCUUUUAUUUAUUUUGAGAGUAUUAUAGUGAAUUGUCACAUUUUUAUGAAAAGGUAUGUUGAAUAUGAAAUUGUGACAUGUACAUAGCACUGUGAUUAAACAGUAAUGUACUUAUGAGUGCACACAGCAUUGAGUAUUAUCUAUACAGAAAGAGACAAUAAAUGCACAC